CUGAAAGUUUUUUUUUAAAGAGGAGAUCGUGCGCGGUGCGGGACGCGCUGGGGGGCCUGUGAGGUGCGACUGCUUUUGGAGCCGUUUCGUGAUUUUCUUUUUAUCAAAUACGCGUUGUUUUCAGGAGGAAAUACAAAAAAAUAUAUAUAUCCUCUCACACCUUCCACAAAAUAAAGAUUAUUUCCACUUGUAAUUUAUUGGGGGAAAAUGUAGGGUUUUUUUUCUCGUGGCGCGCUAAAGAGCUGAAAACCUGUAAACAUAAAACUUAAGGACGAUCGUGAUAUACAGUCCCUCUUGAUAUCAUCUCUACCAGACGCGUUCUAAUUGAAUUAGAGUAGUGCGACCAUUGGCUGUGGAGAGAGGGCUGCUGCCCCCGCGCGCCUCUCCAAAAAAAAAAAAAAAAAAGAAAGAAAGAAAAAAGCUCCUCCCCUCGUCGCUUACAAUCACUUGGGUGUGUGGAGAAGUACAUCUUAUAAGAGCGGCGCGACGUCUCAUGUCCAGCCCAUAAUCUGAUCUGAAAAUCCGUAGGUGAGGAGCAGGUUGAAAACCUCCUUCCAAUCAGUCGUAAGGGAGGGAGGCGUGCAGAGACAGAACCAAGCAGGGCGCCGGUGCUCGUGUCGCCUCCUCGGCUGAGAUCCUGACACCACCACCACCACCCCCACUUUUCUGGACUCAUCCUUUUGAAAAAAAAAAAAAGAAAGGGGAAAAAAAACCCACCUCUUUUUCUUAUUUAUUGCAAGACCUAAAACAAUGCAGCUAGAGAACAUCCUUCCCAGCGCCAGCAUCAAUUUACCCAAGACCUUUUUCAACCUUUCCUCGUCGGACAGUGCCAACAACAGCCCGAGGCCGUCGUCGCAGCUCGAGUACCAAGAAGUCGACCGGACGGAAUCCGAGGCGAGCAGCGCUCCGAAGAAAUAUCUGAGCGGGGUGGGCAGCGGGAUGCUGGGCGAGGGAGAGGGGGACACUUUCACUAAAGCCGGGCCCGAUGGGAGGAAAGGCUCCCCGGUGCUCGGCGAGGACGAGCUGACGAGCGGUCGGCGUUACAACAUAGACGAACUUGGCUCUGACAGAUACUUCAUCUCGUCGUCCCAGGCGAGUUCCGACAUGGCAAGUGCCUGUUCCCUCUUUCCUUACGCAGGACAGACCGGGUCGGUGUACACCGGGUCCAGCGGCUCCAGGUACCCGGCUUCCCUUCAUUACGGAUCCGUCCUGCCUCCAACGGGCUUCUCCUCCUCGUCCGUGUGCACCGGCCGGAGCCAGUUUAGCAGCGGAGGGUACCAGUUCAGCCAGGGCCCGGGCUGUUUGUACCCGUCUUAUCCCGGUACGGGGACGAGUAUCGGCUCCAUGUCUCUGCCGGGGUCCGCCGCCGGAGCCAGAGCGCAGGUCUAUCUGUGCAACCGGCCUCUGUGGCUGAAAUUCCACCGGCACCAGACCGAGAUGAUCAUCACCAAACAGGGCAGACGGAUGUUCCCAUUCCUCAGUUUCAACAUCACUGGACUCAACCUCACGGCCCAUUACAACGUCUUUGUGGAAGUUGUUUUGGCUGACCCGAAUCACUGGCGCUUUCAGGGAGGAAAGUGGGUCACAUGUGGGAAAGCGGACAAUAAUAUGCAAGGUAACAAAAUGUACGUUCAUCCUGAAUCUCCCAACACCGGCGCUCACUGGAUGAGGCAAGAAAUCUCUUUUGGCAAGCUGAAGCUGACCAACAAUAAAGGGGCCAACAACAACAACACACAGAUGAUCGUCUUGCAGUCACUUCACAAAUACCAACCGCGACUUCACAUCGUGGAGGUGACAGAAGACGGCGUGGAGGACAUGAGCAACGAGGCCAGAACCCAAACCUUCACCUUCCCAGAGAACCAGUUUAUAGCCGUCACUGCCUACCAGAACACAGACAUCACACAGCUGAAGAUAGACCACAACCCUUUUGCAAAAGGCUUCCGGGACAAUUAUGACUCGAUGUACACAGCUCCAGAGAGCGACAGGUUGACUCCGUCCCCGACAGACUCCCCUCGCUCCACCCAGAUCGUGCCCGGGGCCCGCUAUGCCAUGCAGCCUUUCUUCCAGGACCAGUUCGUCAACAACCUGCCUCAGAACCGCUUCUACACCAGCGAGCGGGCUGUUCCUCAAACCAACAGCCUCCUCUCUCCGCAGAGCGAGGACGCCAGCGCCGCUGCCUCCGCCCAGCGCUGGUUUGUCCCCCCAGUCCAGCAGCCGGGCUCCAACAAGCUGGAUCUGUCGUAUGAGAAUGACUAUUCCACCAGCAGCCUGCUGUCCUACGGCAUCAAGCCCCUGUCCCUGCAGACGUCCCACGCCCUCAGCUACUACCCGGACUCGGCCUUUGCCUCCAUGGCCGCAGGAUGGGGCACCAGAAGCUCUUAUCAGCGCAAGAUGACUACGGGCCUGCCCUGGUCCCCUCGUCCAAGCCCCCCAGCCUUCCCAGAGGACCAGCUGGGGGUUACUAAAGACAAGCUGCCCGAGGAGAGCGCACCCCCAGCCUCGACCUGGAUCGAGACCUCCCACUCACUGAAAUCGGUGGACUCUACCGAUUCUGGUGUGUACUCCGUGGUGUGCAAGAGACGCAGAAUGUCUCCUGGGGGCUCAAGCACAGAGAACUCCCCAACCAUCAAGUGUGAGGACUUGACCACGGAGGAGUACAACAAGGACAACCCAAAAGGCAUGGGUUAUUAUGCAUUCUACACAAGCCCCUAAGACUGUAUUUAUUGAAACUAAAUAUAAUUCUUUUGUUAAUUAUUGAGUGCUCUCCAUUCCCUGUUAAUGUCUUUUUUCUCUUUUCUCUAAAGGUGCCAAAGCUUAGUGUUCUUCCCCCCAAGCAAGCUGCACAAGGUUAUUUUCCCAGGCCAGCCCCUCUCACAUACCUGAGCAGAAACAUGCAUAGUGUUUGUUGUUUUUGAGAAAAAUAAAAGAAAACAAAAGCAUGUCCCUUUUUAAUUCAUUUAUUUUUACAACUUUUUUUUAAAAAGAAAAAAACAAAUGUGAUUUUUUUUUUUUUCCCCCUCCCUGCGUAUUUAAGUCAUUUUCGUUGUACAGUAUUCGUGCACUUUAGAAAUGUGAUGUAUCUUGUACAAAUUGUCUUCAUGGAGGUGUUAUUAAAUGGAUAAUAAAAACAGCUUUUCACAAAGCAUCGUC